AUGGGCAUGAGGACACCUCCGGGCUGCCGCCGAACCGCCAGCAGAGCUAGGCAGAGGAGCAGCGGCACCGGCGCCCCAGAGGGCCCCCACUGCGUGAACAGCUUCACCGCCCGGCCCAGGCUCACCGAGCACCUGCGGACGCACUCGGGCGACAGGCCCCUCAAGUGCCUGGACUGCGGCAAGCCCUUCAGCAAGCACUCGGUCUUUGUGGUGCACUGCCGCAACCACACAGGCGAGCGCCCCUUCCCGUACCCGGCCUGUGAGAAGCACUUCAGCCACUGCUCCCACUUGACGGUGCGCCAGCGCAUCCACGAGGACGAGCACCCCUACCCCUGCGCCGACGGCCGCAAGAGCUUCAUCAGCAAGUCCCGGCUCACGGUGCACCAGCGCACGCACACCGGCGAGCGGCCCUACGCCUGCACCGAGUGCCAGCGAUGCUUCAGCCACCGCUCCCAUCUCAUCGUGCACCAGCGCACGCACACGGGCGAGAAGCCCUACGCCUGCGCCUGGUGCGGGAAGAGCUUCAUCAAGCGAUGCAACCUCCUGGUGCACCAGCGCACGCACACCGGGGAGAAGCCGUACCGCUGCACCCAGUGUGACAGGACCUUCAUCCAGCGCUCCAACCUGGCGCUGCACCUGCGCAUCCACUCCGGCAAGCGCCCCUACCGCUGCGCCCAGUGCCAGAAGGGAUUCAUCCGCCACACCCAGCUCACGGUGCACCAGUGCAUCCACACUGGGGAGCGCCCCUACCACUGCCUCAAGUGCGGCAAGGGCUUCCACCAGCUGACCAACCUGGCCGCUCACCAGCGGACUCACCUGGCAGAGAGGGCCCUGCCGUGCAGCCAGCCUGCCCAUGCCUUGCUGAGCCCCAGGGAAAGCACCUAG